AAGUUAUUUUCUCUUUUGCUAUAUAACUAACUCCUAUUUUCUUGUAACUCUGCUGUUUAAUUACCUGUUUACCAUUUCGGCGUCGCAAGUUACAGUACACAGUAAUGGAAUUUAGACGCUCGCGCUUUUGAUUGGUUCAUCGAUCAGCCCAUGAGCCAAUCAGCGUCCGCAGCAUUUUUACACAAAACGCUGUAAACAGGAGGAAGUACCUCAGCGACAACGCCUCGCUUUACCGCCACAAGCGCGCCGGCUAAAUCAGUCCAGGGCAGAGGAGCGGAAAGUCGGACGCACGAUACCACAGAAAUAAUUUGUUAAAUAGCAUUCAGUCCCUAGGUUAUGCUAUUACUCGGAGAUUUUAUUAGAUGUGAGAGAGUGUCGCUCUGUCUGGGACAUGAGUAAGUGAUGUUUUUGGAGCGCAGAGAGAGGAUGAGCGCUUGGGGAGUGCAGGUGCUGGCGCUGUGUGUGGCGCUGCCCUGGCUCUGGCUCCCUUCACCUGCACGCGCACAGUCUCCGGAUAGCAAACAAGUAGUCAUGUGUUCAGGCACUCAGAACAUGUUGAGUGUGACAGGAAAUUCAGAAUUGCAGUACCAGCGGAUGAAGGAGAUGUACACCGGCUGCCAGAUUGUCAUGGGCAACCUUGAGAUCACGCACAUGGAACACAAUCGUGAUUUCUCCUUCCUGAAGUCUAUUCGUGAGGUUACAGGUUAUGUUCUAAUAGCUAUAAACCAGUUCAGACAGCUGCCUUUGGAGCAGUUACGUGUGAUCAGAGGAACGUCACUGUAUGAAGGGCGCUUUGCUCUCGCCGUCUUAGUUAACUACCAGAAGGAUGGAGAGUAUGGGAUACAGGAGCUUGGCCUUACACAUCUGACAGAAAUUUUGGAAGGGGGUGUACAGAUCAUCAAGAAUGAGUUCCUGAGCUACGCACCACAGAUCAACUGGCUGGAUAUUGUAAAGGACAGCAGAGCAGAGGUCAUCAUUCAGGACAAUGGACCCGAGCUUCCAUGUCAUGAAUCUUGUGACGGACAUUGCUGGGGACCAGGCAGAGACAGCUGUCAGACUUUGACAAAACUGGUGUGUGCACCUCAGUGUAAUGGCCGCUGUUUUGGCCGAAGCCCCAGUGAAUGUUGCCACAUCGAGUGUGCAGGAGGCUGCACAGGGUCCCAGGAUACUGACUGCUUUGCCUGCAGGAAUUUCAAUGACACUGGCUCCUGCGUGCCUCAGUGUCCUCAGGGUGUGAUAUACAAUAAAGUGACGUUUAAACUGGAGCCGAACCCAAAUGAGAAAUAUCAGUAUGGCUCAGUCUGUAUAGCCCAGUGCCCCCCUAACUUUGUGGUAGAUGGAAGUUCAUGUGUUAGCAGCUGCCCUUCAGAUAAAAUGGAGGUGGACAAGAAAGGAGUAAAAAGGUGUGAACCAUGUGGUGGCCUUUGUCCAAAAGUGUGUGAAGGUACUGGCUCACCCACCAGGCAGACAGUGGACUCUCAGAACAUAGACAGUUUCAUAAACUGCACUAAAAUUCAGGGCAGCCUCCAUUUCCUCAUCACAGGCAUUAAAGGUGAUCCAUAUAACAACGUCUCAGCUCUUGACCCGAAGAAGCUCAAAAUCUUCAACACUGUUAGAGAAAUCACAGAUUUUCUGAGUAUUCAGUCAUGGCCUGAAGAGAUGGAAGAUUUGUCAGUGUUCUCCAAUCUGGCAACGAUACAAGGCCGAACUCACUACAAAGGAGUGAGGACUAAGAGGGGCUACUCUCUGCUGGUGAUGAGAAUCCCUACACUGAAAACGUUGGGUCUGCGCUCUCUGAAGAGGAUCAAUGAUGGAGGCAUCUAUAUUGCACAGAACCAACAGCUGUGCUACCACCAUACUGUCAACUGGACGCGUCUGUUCGGCCCACGUGCCCAGCGCCAGCAAAAAAGCCUUGACAUCAGAGAUAACCACCCUCAAGAUAAGUGUAUCAGUGAGGGCCAUGUGUGUGAUCCACUGUGUUCGUCCAAUGGCUGUUGGGGUCCAGGGCCGGACCAAUGUCUGUCUUGUAAGAACUACAGCAGAGGAGGAACCUGUGUGCCAAGCUGCAACUUCUUAGAAGGGGAAAAGAGGGAGUUUGCCGGGCCAAAUGGAGAGUGUAUGCCAUGUCACCCUGAGUGCGCAGUGCAGGAGAACAGACACACCUGCAGAGGACCGGGGGCAGAUCAGUGUGCAGUGUGUGCGAGUCUGCAAGAUGGGCCGCACUGUGUCUCUUCAUGCCCAGAGGGAGUUAUGGGAGAAAAACGGGUUGUUGUUUAUAAAUUCCACGACACCCAAAGCAAAUGCCAGCCCUGUCAUGCCAACUGCACUCGUGGGUGCACUGGACCAAGUUUGAGAGACUGCGUGGAGUCUCCCAAGAGAGCAUCGUCUGGGUUGCCAGUGACUGCCAUUGUGUUGGGUGCUAUAGCUUGUGUAUUGGUGGGAUUCUUUGUGUUUGUGAUGGCUGCUCUAUAUCGCCGCAGUCUGGCCAUCCGGCGCAAACGUGCCAUGAGGAGAUAUCUUGAGAGUGGAGAGAGUUUUGAGCCAUUGGAUCCUGGGGAGAAAGGGACGAAAACUCACGCUCGCAUUCUGAGACCGUCUGAACUACGAAAGAUCAAACCUCUGGGUACAGGAGUGUUUGGUACUGUCCACAAGGGUGUGUGGAUUCCAGAAGGAGACACAGUAAAGAUUCCUGUGGCCAUAAAGACUAUUCAGGAUCGCACUGGUCGACAGACUUUCCAGGAAGUUACAGAUCACAUGUUGGCGAUGGGCAGUUUGGACCACCCCUACAUUGUGCGGCUUUUAGGCAUCUGUCCAGGUUCCUGUUUGGAGCUGGUCACUCAGUACAUGCCACAGGGGUCCCUACUGGAACAUAUCAGGCAGCGGAAGGACAAUCUCAACCCACAGAGGCUGCUCAACUGGUGUGUGCAGAUCGCCAAGGGUAUGUAUUAUCUUGAAGAGCAGAGGAUUGUACAUAGGAACCUAGCUGCCCGGAACAUCCUUCUCAAGAGUGACUUUAUGGUCCAAAUUGCCGACUAUGGUAUUGCUGACCUGUUUUACCCAGACAACAAGAAAUGUUUCUACGAAGUGAAGGCGAACCAGACACCAAUCAAGUGGAUGGCCCUUGAGAGCAUUUUGUUCCGCAGAUAUACGCAUCAGAGUGAUGUGUGGAGCUAUGGUGUGACUGUCUGGGAGAUGAUGUCAUAUGGGGCAGAGCCUUAUGCUGCAAUGAAACCACAGGAAGUUCCAGAUCUGCUGCAGAAGGGCGAGCGUCUGUCUCAACCUCAGAUCUGCACGAUUGAGGUCUAUAUGGUUAUGGUCAAAUGCUGGAUGAUUGACGAGAAUGUUCGACCAAGUUUCAAAGAGUUAGCCAGUGAGUUCAGCCGUAUGGCUCGAGACCCACCCCGGUACCUGGUCAUCAAAGGGGAGUGCGCUGCUCCUGACCCUGCCUCUGAUGAGCCACACUAUCGUGUCACUCAAGUGGACAUUCUGGGUGUGGGGCUGGAGGACCAAGAGGAUGAGGCACUGGAAGACGGCAUGGCCACACCUCCUGUUUACCUCACGCCGUCAAGAAGUCUCUCUAGAUUGCGUGUAGAUACCAACAGGGCCAGUCUCACCCCUGCUGGUUAUCUGCCAAUGACCCCAAGUGUAGAGGGCUCUAUUCAGGCUGUGUGGCCACCACGUUCACGCCUCAACUCUGCACGAACUAUUUCUGAGAGUUCUGAGGGGCAUGGCACGCUGGUAGAACUGGAGAUGAAUGAAGAUGUACUGUUGGCUGGCAGCCUAAGAGGCGUGCAACGUCGGGAGGACAGUGCCUAUAUAUCUCAGAGGGACAGCCUAUCAGGCCCUCCAGACACACCCAUUCCUGACACGCCGUCUCCGUGUACCGAGGGAGAGGAAGACCAAAAUGGAUAUGUAUUGCCAGGACUGAGUGACAGUUCAGAUAAAGACACAAUGUGUUCCGUGCCUUCCCGUGUGACAUUGUCUAAUGGGAGGUUAUCUAUGGGUCAUUCACGUGAACUUUUAGAGGAGCAUGACAGUGGUGAGGAAGAAUAUGAAUACAUGAACAGUCAAAACCUCCCCCUCAGACAAACCACAAGCCAAAACUGCUGUCAGCUAACAAACCGUAAUUUCAGCAUACACAAACCUCCAGGUGCCAAUCAUAGGUUAUCCAUGGAAGGCACAGAAAGCAGUGGAGGCCUCUCUCAGUCCUCCUUGGAUGAAAGAAGUCGUAGCAAUGCUGACCUUCCAUCCAGCGAAGCAGAGUAUGCAGAGGCCGACCUGGACCAGGAUCUUCAGUAUGAAUAUAUGGACAUUCGCAGUGGCCCAGGGGUCAAGGCACCAAACACUAACCCAAGAAUGGAUCACCUAAGACAAGGAAGCCAUAUUUCUUCCAAGAAAUCUCUUGAGAAAGACGAGUGUGAAGAUGAAGAGUAUCAGUAUACAAACCGCCAGCCAAGGUUGAGGCGCUCGCUCAUGGUUCACGGCUUGAUGGAGGGGGAGGGAGAGGUGUAUGAAUAUGAAGAAAUGGACUCUCAGAUUGCAGGCGGAAACUUUGGAGCUGAAUACCAGAACCUCCAGGAAGCAGGAGAAGAAGAGGAGACCCAGGGGCAGCCCCGUCCUGGAAUCAGGCCAUACAUUAAAGUUCAUGCAGGAAUGGGAAAGGGCAAGGACGGGACAGACAGGUGUUUCGACAAUCCUGACUACUGGCACAGCCGCUUGUUUUCUAAACCAAAUGCAGUGCGUAUAUAAGAUGGGAGAGAGUUAAUGAAAUUAUAAAGAAUACAAUAGUGAAAUUAUAAUGGAACUGAGUAUACAGAUUAGUAAAUAUGGAAUAAAGAAAGAAAAAAUAAAAACUUAAAAAAUUAAAUAAAGUUUGUAAAGCACUAAGCGUAUUCUUGACCAAAACAGACUUGGCAAUAAAGAAUAAUUGUACAUGUAUAGUAGCAUAUGAGGAAACCUCUGAAAUUUCUAUCACACAUACCUAUAUGUUUGAAUUCAUUUUUUAUUUUGUUGAAACAUAGCAAAGAACUGCAGUACCAGUUAAUGAACUUUUACAGCUACUACACUGAUCAUUGUGUACAAGCGUGUGAACCUCAGUCAAUAUUAAACAGCACCGGACCUCAGAACGCAGGUAUUGAUUCUGUGUGGACAGGGUUUUUUAAAUUUUUUUUUUAUGAUUCAGUAUGUCUGUUACAGGUGUUUAUCCAGUCUUCUUCAAAUUCACCAUGGCAGCUUGCAUUGCAUCACAUGACAAAAUUAACAGUGAGUCAGGGAUGAAUGCUUUUUAAUAUGUACAUUGUACAUGAGAACAUGUAGGAACAUGCUGUAUACUUAUAGUAAUACCAAUAUGUAGCCAUUUGACUUAACAGUAUCAAUAGCAUUGCUUCAAGCACUUAAAGAACCAGACACAAAUAGAUGUUUUUUUUAUUUUCUUGGAAUGUUUUAUAUGUGGUGGUGACUACAUGGAAGAAAGAAAGAUUUUGGUAUUUUGAACAUAUUUUAAAUGAAAUGGUCAGUUGUAAAGUUUUCCUGUUUUGUAUGGCUCACCAGAACAAGUUAAUUUCUUUGUUUCCUUUCUGUAAUUGCUUUUUUGUAAAGUACUUUUUUUUUAUUACACUGCUUUGUGGUGAUAUCAUUUUAUACAUACAGUGUGUCAGAAAUCUGUUCAUAUCUG